AUGACAAGUUCUAUAUCAUCAACUACCUCGAACUUGGGAAACGCUGGCUUGACGUUUUGGCAGAAGACUUUGAGGAAACAAUGCCGACGUUUCGAGGACAACUCAUGGUGCGAGUGGCAGGAGGAUAAUAUGGACGUAGAUGAAACUCGUGUGGUUUGUCUUUUAUGUAAUGAAAGCGAUGAGACUUGCGAAGGCCUUUUGUCGCACAUGAAGGUAACCUUUCUGCGUCAAUCAUGGCUGAUCAGGAUGAGGUACAUCUCAAGUCUAAGCCUAGCAAGCCAUCGUUACAUCGAACACAAGAUCUCCUAA